AUGCUGUCCAAUUCACCACCAGAUAGAUUUCCUAAAAAUUUAGAAAUAGUGGAUAAUGGCUCAUUAGAUUCUAAGGCACAAGAUUUACAACAUCCAGUAACACAUCGUGUAUCCAGAUCACAUAAGGAAACAAGAAGAGUUAAGGCUGCAUGUAAGAGAUGUAGAACAAAGCGAAGAAAAUGCAAUGGGCUACAACCUUGUGGAAACUGUUCUAAAUCUAAAUCUGAAUGUUCUUACGAGAUAGAAAACAAAAGGAAGCCUCUUAAUAAGAAAUAUGUUGACUCGCUCUUAGAAAAAAUUGAGUUUCUCAGUUCCGUCAUAGGCUCCAAAACGUUAGAUCUUAAUAAAGUUAAUCAUAAAUCGAGCAUAGCGGCGUUGUUGAAAUCACCUAACGCAAAUGGUCAAAAUGCGAUGAAUUAUCAUGCUGCUUUCAAACUUGAUAUGGACGAGCAUAAAUUAAUCACUUUUCAUGGGCCUUCCUCUUACCGUCAUAUGUCUUCUCCUCCGUUGAUUGUAAAACCAGGCCAUUGGAAUACCGCAAAAGCCAUAACAGAGGACGAUCAUAAACUUUUUGACUGGUUCUUCCAAAAUAUAAAUAAAGAUCUACCCUUGAUAGACAGAACUCUUUUUGAUUCUUCGAUUGCAAAUGAAGAAAUGGAGUUUAAUAGGUUUGUCUCUAAUUCUUUAAUUAACGCCAUACUAGCUACUACAUUAUCCAGGAUGAACGAUCCCAAUUAUGUCGAUUAUAAGGAUUUGGCUGCAAAGCAAGUAAUGGAAGAACUAAGUUCCGUUAAUAUUACUCAAGUUCAGGCUUUGGUUCUAUUAUCUUUAUUAGAGAUGACAGAUAAUACUGAAGUAAGGUCAUCAUGUUAUAUGUCUAUGGCUGUUGCGUUAUCGAACCAUUUAGGUUUACACUUGUAUACUAAUGAUAUGCCCAUAUCCAAAGCUGAAAAAGAAUUAAGACAAAAAGUGUUUUGGUGUUGCUUCAUAGUUGACAGAUCACGAUCUCCUAUACUAGGAAUGGACCCUUAUUUAGACUCAGAGGAUAUUUCUACACAUUUACCUAUUUCGUCCUCAUCUGAUGAAUUGCUUAUACUAAGAGAACUUUGCAUUUUGUUAGAUAUCCAAACAAAUGCAAUUAAGAGUAUUUAUUCGUUGAGAUUUCAGCUUAUGUUGAAAGGAAAGAAUAAAGCGAGACAAGAAUUAGCCUAUAUAGAUGCUAACGUUAAUUUGUCAAAGUGGGUUAAAGAAUUACCUUCGAUCUGCAGGUCUAAAAACGAUAUCCCAGAUCAUCCAAACAUGAGAAUGGUACUAAUUAUGGAGCUUUUUUAUUAUAUCACUCAGUUGGUAAUCAGCAAGCCAUUCACAAAAACGCCUUACGAUCCUAAAUUAGAACAGAAUGAUGAAUUGCAAUCAUAUAAUCUGAGCUGCAACAUUAUAACAUUAGUUGACAAGAUCGACUAUAAAAAUUGUGCUUUGCUACAUCUGAUACCAUAUGGGUUGUAUAUCAGUACAGUAUGCUUCUUCUUUAACUAUCAUUCGCCAAAUACUAACAUUAGAGAGACUUCGUACAUAAACUGUCGAAAGGGAGUUUCAAUAAUGAAAUCUAUGUCAGAAUUUAUUCCUGUUGCAAAGGUGUAUUAUGAUAGAAUAAAAAUAGUCAAAUCAGAUUGGAAGGUGCAAUUUGAUUUGGAAGAGAAUGAGGAUUUGAAUAAUUUAGAAGUGCCUAAACCUGCUGAUGUAGACUUUAGUAAUUUCAUAUGGUCUGAUAUAAACGAGUAUAUGCAUGAAGAUCCGACUUCUUUAUUGGGAUCCAUCAACUUCUAUGAAGUAUUUGGUUCCUGA